AUGUCAUGUCAAAGAGUGAUCCGAUGGCUGUAGUUUACAUGAAGAAGCGAAAUGGGACUCUUGAGGAAAUUGGUCGUACAGAGGUUAUCUUAAACGAUUUGAACCCUGUCUGGAUUGGGAAAAUAUCUGUUGCUUACCAUUUUGAGACUGUUCAGUCACUGGUAUUUCAUGUAUUCGAUGUUGAUACCACACAUCACAAUGUACCAGUGAAGACAAUCAAGUUAUCGGAUCAGGAUUUUCUUGGAGAAGCUAGCUGUGUGUUAUCAGAGCAAACUUCAAACAUCAGUUUCAGCCUUAGAAAAUAUGCACAGAGACAAGACUGGCAUCAGCUUUGUUAAGCAACACCAUGGUCGUGAAAAGCUUCAAAUGGAAAUCCUAGAAGUCCAGAAUCUUUGCACUAUAUUGACC